AGGGAUCUUCUGAAAACCCAAAUAAGGGGUAACUGGGUAAGAAACUAUCCAUUUGGAGAUACUAUGGCAACAUCAUUCCCAGAGCUAGGUAGAGUCUCUGCAAUUCACAUACCAUUUUAAUUGGCACAAACUGAAACUAUAGAUUUAAUUCUCUAGCCAGCAGCAGUAAUGAAGCACUUGGUUCUAUAUUUUAUAGCAGAGCAGGAGUCAAUAAUUGCCUACCCAUAAAAGGAAAGAGGAGAUCGAAGUGGUGGCUGGUAGCUAGUGGGUUUGAUCAAUGGUUUGGUCAAUCUCAGUUCGCAGAUCUCAAUUGAAAUUGAGAUUGGGCGCCUAACUACACUCGAAGAAAAUUGAGUUUUGUGUAGCCAGCAAUUACCAAUUAGAAUUUCUUGAAGGGUGAUCUGGGCUGAAUCUGUUGCGCAAAUAUCUUCCGUGAAUCCCAACUUCGAUUGUAUCAGUUUUCCAACUCUUAAAGCAUCUAUCUAUACAAACCCAUUUGAAUGGCUAGAUGUUACAGUCCUUGUUCUUCCUCGACUACUUUCUUAUUGCCCUCCUCAUUCAAGCAUAAGGGGUGGAUCUCCAGAAGGAUGAUAGUAUCGGGAAGGAGGUAUACAACUCCCAUAUCUCUCACCUAUCCCAGUUUCCAUUCGAGAAAGCAAUCUGAACUCAAAUCCUCUAAUGGGUACCCGUUAAACGCGAUCUCUUUGCCAGAUGGUUUAGCUGGGAAGGCAUCAACGGAAGGACCCGUUGAGAAUCGAGUGAAAGAUGAUUCAGUUUCCCUUUUGGAACCGGGAAAUGCCAAGUCUACCAUCAGCAUUACCGUCGUCGGAGCUUCCGGGGACCUUGCUAAGAAGAAGAUCUUUCCUGCACUGUUUGCGUUGUUUUAUGAAAAUUGGCUACCUGAGCAUUUUACCAUUUUUGGUUAUGCUAGGAGUAAGAUGAGUGAUGAGGAGCUGAGGAACUUGAUCAGUAAAACAUUGACUUGCAGAAUCGACCAGAGGGAAAAUUGCAGUUGCAAGAUGGAUCAAUUCUUGCAGAGAUGCUUCUACCAUUCUGGCCAGUAUAACUCCGAUCAGAAUUUUUCAGAGUUAGACAAGAAACUAAAAGAGAAAGAGGUUGGAAGACUUCCCAAUAGGUUAUUUUACUUAUCCAUACCUCCAAACAUAUUUAUGGACGUGGUACGAUGUGUUAGUCAUUGUUCUUCUUCAGCAAAUGGGUGGACUAGAGUCAUCGUUGAAAAGCCAUUUGGUCGUGACUUGGUGUCAUCCAGGGAGCUGACCAGAUAUUUGAAGCAAUACCUCACUGAGGACCAGAUUUUCAGGAUUGACCAUUACUUAGGUAAAGAGCUCGUUGAAAACCUGUCAGUUCUCCGGUUCUCCAAUCUAGUUUUUGAGCCUUUGUGGUCAAGGAACUACAUCAGUAAUGUGCAGCUAAUAUUUUCUGAAGAUUUUGGAACGCAGGGUCGAGGCGGGUUGUUUCUUUUUCUCAACAUGGUAUUGCUUCAGGUUAAGGUUUUACGGUCAAUGAGGCCACUGCAAAUCGAUGAUCUAUUCAUUGGCCAAUAUAAGGGGCACUCAUCAGGUGGCAAGUCUUAUCCUGGAUACACAGAUGAUCCAACUGUGCCAAAUGACAGCCUCACACCAACAUUUGCAGCUGCUGCCCUAUUUAUUGAUAACGCAAGAUGGGAUGGGGUGCCUUUCUUGAUGAAAGCAGGGAAGGCCCUCCAUACUAAGGGAGCAGAGAUCAGAGUGCAGUUUAAGCAUGUCCCAGGCAACUUGUAUAAGCGGAACUUUGGGACUGAUUUAGAUAAAGCUACAAACGAGCUAGUUCUUUGUGUGCAACCUGAUGAAGCUAUUUAUCUGAGGAUCAACAACAAGGUCCCAGGGCUUGGGAUGAGUUUGGACCGCAGUGAUCUUUAUCUGCUUUACAAAGCAAGGUAUCCAAAGGAAAUACCGGAUGCAUAUGAGAGGCUGCUCUUAGAUGCUAUAGAAGGGGAGCGUCGGCUGUUCAUCAGAAGUGAUGAGCUUGAUGCUGCAUGGGCACUUUUCACCCCUGUGCUGAAGGAGCUAGAGGAGAGGAAGAUUGCACCCGAGCUCUACCCCUAUGGUAGUAAAGGACCAGUCGGAGCACGUUAUCUUGCUGAAAAGUAUAAUGCUCGAUGGGGAGAUCUUAGUGGUGAAGACUCAUGAUUUGGUAUUCUACUAUAGAUCAUUGUUUGUUGUGAGAUGGCCUCCUAUUUUAAAAACUUGAUGUUGUACAUUUGCUGUUUUGCUUUGUGCAUGGAUAUGUUGGGUGUGAAAGAUGGCAUCUGAUUGUAGAAAUCCAGACCUCCCUAGGUAUGUCUGGUUUUUAUUCCUUUCCUCAUAUGAUGCAUUAACUAAUGGUAAAAGUCUCUCUGAGCACCUA